AUGUCGUCCACCGAGGGCAUGAUCAAUGGCGGAAGCUCAUCCGCCAACCCAAAGGCGCCUGCGCCUGCGCCUACUGAGGGCAACGGAGGUUUCGUCUCCCAGCACAAAAUGUCUGUCGAACCUCCCAAGAAGGAAGACCUUCAGCGCAAGUAUGCGACUGUUGUUGAGCAUGAGGCUGGUACCAACGACUGGUAUGGAAGCAUGAUGAACGUUCUCGGAGCCGUUGUCGGAACAAUGGGUGCUAUUCCCUGCUGCAUUGUUUGCCCCAACCCUUACAAGGAAGUCCAUCAGGGUAAUGUUGGUCUUGUCACCAAGUUCGGAAAGUUCUACAAGGCUGUCGACCCCGGUCUGGUCAAGAUCAACCCUCUCAGCGAGAAACUCCUUCAAAUCGAUGUCAAGAUUCAGACAACCGAAGUCCCAGAGCAAAUUUGCAUGACCAAAGACAACGUUACUCUUCGCUUGACCUCCGUCAUCUACUACCAUAUCGUCUCUCCUCACAAGGCUGCUUUCGGUAUCAACAACGUUAAGCAAGCUCUUAUGGAGCGUACUCAGACUACUCUCCGCCACGUUGUCGGUGCUCGCGUUCUUCAGGAUGUGAUCGAGCGACGUGAGGAAAUUGCUCAGUCGAUUGGAGAGAUCAUCGAAGAUGUCGCUGCUGGCUGGGGUGUCCAAGUUGAGAGUAUGCUCAUCAAGGACAUUGUCUUCAGUCAGGAGCUGCAGGAGUCGCUCUCCAUGGCCGCACAAAGCAAGCGUAUUGGUGAAAGCAAGAUCAUUGCCGCCAAGGCUGAGGUUGAAUCCGCCAAGCUUAUGCGUCAGGCCGCCGACAUCUUGAGCUCAGCUCCUGCCAUGCAGAUCCGAUACCUCGAGGCCAUGCAAGCCAUGGCUAAGUCGGCCAACAGCAAGGUUAUCUUCUUGCCUGGUGCCAAUCAGACUAUGGGUAAUGCCCUUAACGCCGCCAUGGCUAACGAGACCGGCGAGUCUAGCGGCCGCGCCUUUGGCGAAGAGCAAGACUUUGGAGGUCAGGACCCAGGUUUCCAACAGGCCAUGAACGCCCGCGUUGUGGAGAACAUCUAA